AUGAGCAUGAAUUACCCAAGUGUGGCGCCAACGCAGAGGUCGACGUCCUUUUUUAUAGAAGACAUUUUAUUGCACAAACCCAAGCCGCUGAGAGAAGUCAUCCCCUCGCCUUUCUGCGGCUCCUUGGCCUCGCGGAUGCCGAUCCUGGAGUAUGGAUACCCGCUGGUGCCCACGCCGAUCCUGGCCCCGCAUCCGCACCAUCCGCUCCAUAAGCCAGAGCAUCACCAGUACUUCUUCACGUCUGGCAUGCAGAUACCGGGCUUGUUCCAGCACCACGCAGACUUACCGGGGAAACACUGCAGACGCAGGAAGGCCAGGACGGUUUUCUCUGACUCGCAGCUUUCCGGCCUGGAGAAGAGGUUUGAAAUCCAGCGGUACUUGUCCACGCCGGAGAGAGUGGAGCUGGCAACCGCUCUCAGCCUUUCCGAGACGCAGGUGAAAACGUGGUUUCAGAACCGGCGGAUGAAGCACAAGAAGCAGGUGAGAAAAGCCCAGGACGAGUGCAAGACGAGUCCGGGAGAGAUGGACAGAUCUGCGGACAACUCAAGCGAGGGCGAAUCGGCGGAGAAGAAAGGUCCGCUGGAGGCGAACACUUAUCUGCUGGACGAAAACGACGACGAUGUUGAUAUCGAGGAUGAUAUUUGCUCUCCGGAUCAUCUUUUAUAGUGCAGCUGCCCCCCCCCCCCCCCUUUCCCGUAACUGCUCAUAUAGUAUAUUUUUGUAAAUAACGCUUUCUUUUACUGUAAUUAGAAAAUGUCUAUAAUGUUAAAAGAUGAUGUUGCUAUUUAUUCACACACCUGUUGAUAUGUUUGUGAUUGUUGUUUUUUUUUCAUGUGUGUACAAAACACGAACAUAUUUAUAACACGAUAUCGGCUAUCACUAACAUUUGUUAAUUGCAUAUCGCAGGGUCGGACUUAUUUAUUUUUAAAAUUUGUACUUGCAGAUAUUUUAUACACCCAAGCCGAAUCGACGUCUUUCAUAAAGAUACAUCAUGUAUGACUUCCUGUAUGCACAAUAUUUGGACUUUUUAUUUUGUAUUUGUUUGUAUUUGAUCAAUGUGUGACCUCGGACUCCAUGCUAUUUAAAUGUAUCAACUGUAAAGUCAAGAACAAGAUCAAUUAAAUGUUGUACUUUUUUUUUCUUUUAUGGACACACUGUAAACAUUUUCGUUGUAAAUUCCCAGUACAUUUUCAGCAAAAAAACGCAUUAUUUUCACAGUAACAUUUACUGUGAAGUUAUGUGAUGAGGUGGCGACUUGUCCAGGGUGUACGCCGCCUUCCGCCCAAAUGCAGUUGAGAUAGGCUCCAGCGACCCCCCGCGAUCCCAAAAGGGACAACCGGUAGAAAGUGAAUGGAGCGAUACUGUGACGUUAAAUACUGUGCAAUAUUGGUAUAGCGCCAUUUUUACAGUAAUUUGUUAACAGGGUCCAUUACAUUUAGAUUACAGUAUUUUACUGUGGUAUAAUAGUUUUUUGUUUUUGUUUUUUGGGGUUUUUACAAGGCAACAUAAUUUCCUGCAUGGGAAUGAGAGGAAGCAUUGAAAUUAAUUUUUGUUGGCAACACUGUAAAAAAUGUUUUUUGUAAAUUCACAGCAAAUUCCUGGCUAAUAAUUGCAUUACUUUCACAGUAACAUUUACAAUAAUUUACGGUGAAGUUAAGUGAUGUGCAAUAUAGCCUCAUUUUUACAGUAAUUUGUUGUCAGGGUCCAUUAAAUUUGGAUUACAGUAUUUCACUGUGAAAUAAUUGUUUGUUGUUUUGUUUAGUUUUUUACAAGACAACAUAAUUUUACUGGGAAUAAGAGGAAACAUUUAAAUUGUUUUGGGGUUUUUUCUGUGUUUUU